AUGCUUGGACGGGAUUUCAGGACAUGGGGUUCCAUCGUUCGGAGCUUAUGUUUAGAUGCAAGACACAGAGAAGCCUUGUCCCUUUUCCACCGUUCCUUAAAGGGUUACGAAGCUUUCAAGCCAGAUUACACUGUCCUUGCUGCCAUUCUCAAGUCUUGUUCUGCCCUUUUGGCUCCCAAAUUGGGCAGAGCUCUGCAUAGUUAUGUUGUUAAACAAGGUCAUGUGUUUUGCCAGGUUACCAAUAAAGGAUUGCUUAACAUGUAUGCCAAAUGUGGCAUGCUUGAUGACUGCCUCAAGUUGUUCGAUAAGCUCAAUCACUGUGAUCCUGUUACUUGGAAUAUUGUUUUGUCUGGGUUUUCAGGGUCCAACAAAUGUGAUUCUGAUGUGAUGAGAGUGUUUAAGAUGAUGCAUUCCAGUGGAGAGGCUUUGCCAAAUUCUAUUUCCGUUGCUACUGUCCUUCCUGUUUGUGCUCGUUUGGGGGACCUGGAUGUUGGACUGUGUGUGCAUGGUUAUGUUAUCAAGUCUGGUUUUGAACAAGACACCCUUGGCGGAAAUGCUCUCGUGUCAAUGUAUGCAAAGUGUGGGCUGGUGUCUCGUGAUGAAUAUGCUGUCUUUGAUGAUAUUGUUUACAAAGAUGUUGUUUCGUGGAAUGCAAUGAUUUCAGGCUUGGCUGAGAAUGGGUUAGUGGAGGAUGCAUUCUUGUUGUUCAGAUCAAUGGUGAAAGGGCCUACACAGCCGAAUUAUGCGACUAUUGCAAAUAUUCUGCCUGUUUGUUCUUUAUUUGAUAAGAGUGUUGCAUACCGUUGUGGAAGGCAGAUCCACUCUUAUGUGCAGCAUUGGCCUGAAUUGUCAGCUAAUAUUUCUGUCUGUAAUGCUUUGAUUAGCUUUUACUUAAAAGUUGGACAAAUGAGGGAAGCAGAAGCUUUGUUUUGGACCAUGGAUUCAAGGGAUUUGGUCACAUGGAAUACUAUUGUUGCAGGAUAUACAUCAAGUGGCGAAUGGUUAAAAGCACUGCAUCUGUUUCGUAAUUUAGUAUCUCUGGGGACGAUAUUGCCAGAUUCUGUGACCAUGGUCAGCAUACUUCCAGCUUGUGCACAAUUGAAAAAUUUGCAGGUGGGGAAACAAAUCCACGCUUAUACUUUCAGAUAUCCUUUCCUUUUUUAUGAUACUGCUAUUGGAAAUGCUUUAGUUAGUUUCUAUGCAAAGUGUGGCAAUAAAGAAGAGGCAUAUCAUACUUUUUCUAUGAUAGCCAGGAAAGAUUUGAUUUCGUGGAAUUAUAUUUUUGAUGCCUUUGGAGAGAAGAGGUAUCAUUCAAGAUUUAUCAACUUGUUACAUCGGAUGCUUAAACUCGAAAUUAGACCUGAUUCAGUUACAAUACUGACCUUAAUCCAAUUUUGUGUCUCUCUUUUGAGUGUAGAAAAGGUUAAAGAAAUACAUAACUAUUCAAUUAGAACUGGGUAUUUAUUAAGUGAUACUGCACCAACAGUUGGGAAUGCAAUACUUGAUGCAUACACCAAAUGUGGAAACAUGGAGUAUGCUAACAAAAUGUUUCAGAAAAAAGGAAUCUGGUCACAUGCAAUUCACUGA